AAUCAAUCUACUGUUUUUAUUAUAUUAUAUAAUCAUCUACAGUUUUUUUUCAUAUAAUUAUAUAGUACAAGAGGCAUAUGGAGGUUCUCCCAUAUACAGUACUGAUACUCUAUAAGCAAUUAUCUAAUCUCACAUGCUGUGGCUAUUUUGGAUACUGGCAGUGAUAAACUGGACAUUGAAUUUGCACAGUGUAGUAUUUAAGAAAGAAGAAGAGGGCAGUUCUACAUGAAACACGUCGUAUCCAUCUUAUGUUUCAGCUGUAGAUUCAAGAAAGUAGCACAGAUGAAGCCUGAAUGAACAAGUGAUCAAACAGGUUUGCCCUUGUGUUUGCUGAUCAUCCGUCAGGUGAUCACUCUCAACUGUGUCUCAGUAUGGAUCCGCUCCGAUCGUAGUUUAUUCGCAAAAUGGAACUAAUGGAGGAAACUUAAAGCUUGAAAAGGUAGGAUUCGUGCCUUUUGUUCUUUUAUUAGUGCUUUCCUUUUUAAAAUGCAUUUAAUAAACACAAGCCUGCAAGAAUCCACACUUGUCUUUCCCUUAACAGAAUGUCAAAACAGACGAAACAUAUAAACAUUUUUUUUUUUACUUAAUAUAUCAUGUCAAAUACUAUAUUACUAACAGUAUAUACAGGAUUAUAUAAAUCUGAUUCUUUUCUGGAUAAAUAUGAAUAUCAACCAAUAUCAAUAACUCCAACAAAAGUAACUUAUGUUCUUCAUUUCCAGGUCUGUAGAUUGCAGAAAGACAUGAUUUUCUUUCCCGUUUUGGGUCUGUCCUUCAGAGAAAUCCUGCUGUCAUUCUCAGAGGAAUUGGAAUAUAGUAUUUUGGGCAUAUCUGUUGUCCUUUUCCUUAUAGCCCUCUGCCUUUUGAUAUGGCAGAUUUACCACUACUGUACACGCUUUCCUGUUUCACAAAGACCUGCAGAUAUCCUGUCAACUAGGAGCGGAGGCUUUCAGUAUGCUACACAAACAAAUGAUCAUAAGAUGGAGGUUCAUUAUGAGGAACUGAGCCACAGACUGCCCCCUGGCAUCUCUUGCACUAACCUGGGCAGUAGUUUAGAUCUAGCUAGCAUGGCCGAACUGGAAGAGGAGAACAUCCAGGGAUCUCUGCGCUUUUCACUGUUCUACGAUCAGCUGCAGUCCAAACUGGUGGUGACGGUACUGGACGCCCAGGAUCUAGCCAAGCGAGACUUCAGUCAUAGUGUGGACCCGUUGGUUUGGGUGCGGUUGUUGUGGGCAGAAAGAGAGGAUGAGGAGCAGGGUUCAAUGCAGUGUGUUCUGGACGAAUGGCAGACACGUCUAGUGAAGAAGAGUUGCAGUCCUGUGUUUGGAGAUCAGUUCUCUUGCACCCUGGCUGAGGAGGAAGUACCAAGAGUCACUGUUAGAUUUGAGGUUCGGGAUUUUGAUAAAUACUCAAGACAUGGAAUUCUAGGAGAGGCCCGUGCUCCCCUGAACAGUCUGAAGCUCUCAUAUCCCCUGGAGUUAAGAGAGGAUCUGCAGGUACCCAGGAAAGAUAUGGUUGGUGAGGCACUGCUCUCUCUGAAAUACAUGCCUACAUCUCAGAGGCUGGAGGUGGGGGUGUUGAAGGUCCGCACAGUAUGUCAUCCCAAUAAGACUGAAAGAGCUCUCUAUGCCAAAACCAGCGUUACCUGCAACCACUGCAAACUUCGACAUCAGAGGACAGAACAGAAGAAGCGUUGGGAGGUGACUGUGUUCAAUGAGGUCCUGACCUUUGUGUUGCCAGAUCAACAGAUCAGAGAGUGCACCAUUAUAGUGUCCGUUUACGAAAUUCAGCCUUCUAAGAAGUCUUCCAAACAUCUGAUUGGUCACAUCCACAUCAAAAAGGGCAAAACCUUUGAAAAUGAGCACUGGAAACUGAUGAUGCAAUCACUACGACAGCCAAUCGCUAAGUGGCAUUUAAUCUUCAUCUGAAUACACCUCAAGUGUUUAUUGACGCUUCUAGUUCCAGUCAUACAUCUGACUUUCGUGUCUGUUUCAGGAUGGAAUGAGGAAAUGUGCGCUGACGAGAAAAUUAAAUGUUAAAUUUGGUUGCUCAUUGGGUUUAAAAACACAUACAAAGGCGAUAUAAGUUUAUAUGGUUGUGUUUCUUUAACUAUGGAAACUUCUGGCCCAGUAGACUCAGUCUCACUAGUAGGUCUUUUUUCAGUUAACAAUAUACAACCUGUAUGUGACAGUGGAGAUACAUGUAUAAAGUUGCUAUUGUAUGGAGAACAUCAGCACAGAACAUUUGUGUCAUCUCAAACAAUGAACUGUUAAUAGGAUCAUAUGGUGGAAAUCUAAAACAUUUUUGGAAUAUGGCUGACUAUUUUAUCUUGCUAAGUUAAUUUCAUUGCCGCCAUUCAUUGUAUUCUAAAAGCAAAUCAGAUGUAUUUACAUUCUUUGUUUAAUUUAGAGAUGUUUGGUAAUGAUGCACAAUAAAAUAUUCAAUUCAAAGGCGAGAUUUAUCUUGAUUUUUCUUCCUUUUCAACCCACAUCAUGUCUCCUCAUCUGAAGCAUGCCCUCCAC